GGCGGCCGCGCGUCCGCGCAGUGGCCUCGAGUCGCCGUGCGCGCCCGGCCGGGAAGUGUGCCCGCUCGCAGCGCGGCCCGAGCCCCUCGGCUGCAGAGCCCCGGUUCCGCGGCGGCGGCGGGGGGCUGUCGCUGCCCCGCAGGGUGCGGGCCCGAGGGGCGGCGCUGCCCGGGGCGAUGCGCUGAGCGCGCGGAGGGCAGAGCGCCCGACUCGUCGUCCGCGCCGGGAGCCGAGCCCAUGGAGCCGGCAGGCACCGGGCGGAGCCUGAGGGCGCCACCGCCGCCGCCGCUGCUGCUGCUGCUGCUGCUCCUGCAGGUGGCGGGGCCGGCGGGCACCCUGGCUGAGACCCUGCUGGACGAGCCCAGAGCCAUGGGCACCAGCUCCAGCCCGCCCAGCCCCGCGAGCGUGGUGGCUCCCGGAACGACGCCGUUCGAGGAGAGUCGAUUACCCGUGUUCACCCUGGAUUACCCCCACGUGCAGAUCCCCUUCGAGAUCACCCUGUGGAUCCUGCUGGCCUCCCUGGCCAAGAUUGGCUUCCAUCUCUAUCACAAGUUGCCCACCAUCGUGCCUGAGAGCUGCCUUCUUAUAAUGGUUGGACUUCUGCUAGGCGGGAUUAUUUUCGGAGUUGAUGAAAAGUCCCCCCCUGCCAUGAAGACUGAUGUGUUCUUCUUAUAUCUCCUGCCACCCAUUGUGCUUGACGCGGGCUACUUCAUGCCCACGCGCCCAUUCUUUGAGAACUUCGGCACCAUUUUCUGGUAUGCUGUGGUGGGGACACUGUGGAAUUCCAUUGGCAUUGGGGUGUCUUUGUUUGGUAUCUGCCAGAUUGAAGCCUUUGGCCUGAGCGACAUCACUUUGCUCCAGAAUCUGCUCUUCGGCAGCUUAAUCUCCGCUGUGGAUCCCGUGGCUGUGCUGGCCGUUUUUGAGAACAUUCACGUCAACGAGCAGCUCUACAUCCUGGUCUUUGGAGAGUCCCUGCUGAAUGAUGCGGUGACAGUGGUCCUGUACAACUUGUUCAAGUCUUUUUGCCAGAUGAAGACCAUUGAGACCAUUGACGUGUUUGCUGGAAUCGCGAACUUCUUUGUUGUGGGAAUUGGUGGGGUGUUGAUUGGUGUCUUCCUGGGAUUUAUAGCGGCGUUUACGACUCGGUUCACACACAACAUCCGAGUGAUCGAGCCGCUCUUUGUCUUCUUGUACAGCUAUUUGUCCUAUAUAACAGCCGAAAUGUUUCACCUCUCGGGUAUCAUGGCAAUCACUGCAUGUGCAAUGACUAUGAAUAAGUACGUGGAAGAAAAUGUAUCUCAAAAAUCCUACACCACCAUCAAGUAUUUCAUGAAGAUGCUGAGCAGUGUCAGCGAGACCCUGAUCUUCAUCUUCAUGGGCGUGUCCACCGUUGGGAAGAACCACGAGUGGAACUGGGCCUUCGUCUGCUUCACCCUGGCCUUCUGUCUGAUCUGGCGAGCACUGGGUGUCUUUGUCUUGACUCAGGUCAUUAAUUGGUUCCGGACAAUUCCCUUGACCUUCAAGGAUCAGUUCAUCAUUGCCUACGGAGGGCUGCGAGGUGCCAUCUGCUUUGCGCUGGUGUUUCUCCUUCCUGCUGCCGUGUUUCCUCGUAAAAAGCUGUUCAUUACGGCUGCGAUUGUAGUCAUUUUCUUUACUGUCUUCAUCCUGGGAAUAACUAUCCGACCACUGGUGGAGUUUCUUGAUGUGAAGAGGUCCAAUAAGAAACAGCAAGCUGUGAGUGAAGAAAUCCAUUGUCGGUUUUUUGAUCAUGUGAAGACUGGGAUUGAAGAUGUUUGUGGACAUUGGGGUCACAACUUUUGGAGAGACAAGUUUAAGAAGUUUGAUGACAAAUACCUGCGUAAGCUUUUGAUUCGGGAAAACCAACCCAAGUCAAGCAUUGUGUCCUUAUAUAAAAAGCUUGAAAUAAAACAUGCCAUUGAGAUGGCAGAGACUGGGAUGAUAAGUACUGUCCCGUCUUACGCAUCUCUAAAUGACUGUCGUGAAGAAAAAAUAAGGAAGCUGACACCUGGUGAAAUGGAUGAAAUUCGAGAGAUAUUAUCAAGAAAUCUUUAUCAAAUCCGUCAGCGAACUUUGUCCUACAACAGACACAAUCUGACGGCCGACACGAGUGAGAGACAAGCCAAGGAGAUUCUGAUCCGCCGAAGGCACAGUUUGCGAGAGAGCAUUAGGAAAGACAGCAGCUUGAACCGGCAGCACAGGUCUUCCACUUCGACCUCCCGGUAUUUAUCCUUACCAAAAAAUACAAAGCUUCCAGAAAAGCUACAGAAGAAAAAGAACGUUUCUAAUGCAGAUGGCAACAGCAGCGACUCCGACACGGAUGCCGGGACCACCGUCCUCAACCUGCAGCCCCGAGCGAGGCGCUUCUUGCCAGAACAGUUCUCCAAGAAAGCGCCCCAGUCCUACAAAAUGGAGUGGAAGAACGAGGUGGACGCGGAUGCCGGCCGCCGGCAGCCCGGCACUCCCCCCGCUGCCCGCAGCAGAGACGACGGCACGCAGACCCCCGCCGUGCUCCGGCAGCCCCUCCUCUCCGAGGGCGACAUCGGCCCGGCGGGGGAGGACAGUGAGGCUGAAGGCCUCCGCCCCAAGCCGCCACCCAGGCUGGUCCGAAGGGCGUCGGAGCCUGGAAACCGGAAAGCUCGAUUCGGGAGUGAGAAGCCUUAAUGGAAAUGACCAGCGCAGCCCAGGCGGGGUGACCGAGCGGCGCCUGUGCUUGGUCCCUCGGCUUCCCGACACAGCAGUGGACUCCACGUAGAACCCUCUAGGCAUCGAAAUACUUUGGGUAGUAGAGUCAUGCCGUUGAUUAAGGGACGAAUGCUUAUUCCAAGAAGAAGAAAAUUCAAAGAAAGUGUCUUAUGAUUUGUUGCUAGAAAUUGUAUUCUUUGCAAGCCUAAAGAAAAAAAAAUGUGUGCCUUUAUUGAACUUGAAUGACAGAACUUGAAAUUUUUAACACACCCUUGUUGGUGAAAAUUUUAAUAUAUACAUAUAUGUCAAAUUUUAUUUAUGAAAAAAUAUGUAUAUGUAAUAUAAAAACUAUAAAUUAGUUUUUAAGUGAAUGGCACUAAAAAUUCUCAGAACAUCUUUCCAAGGUGUAAAGGGCGGCUCCUGGGGGCUGGUGGGCCACCAGCUCAGAGUCAGGCAUUUUCCUCUCCUGAGCUGAUGACCAGUUGGUAAAGGAAGGCACAGCAAAGAGCCGAGACUCAGACUGGGAGACAGUCGGAACAUGGAGGCAGGUGAGGUGGCCUGGCUCCCAGAGUGCAGAUUCCUGUGAAAAGAUUCAGCUGCUUUUUAAUUUGUUCCUCAUUCUACCAUGUGUUUGGGGGUGACAGAUAGAUUCCAUCUUCCUUUUGUGUUUAAAUGGGGCAGAUAGAAAGGCUGGGUGAAACCAGCUUAAGGUGUGUAACAGACUUGGUGGCAGCUUUUGAUGAAGUUCCACCUGGGGGGAGGUAGGGCAGAGCCUGCUUACAACUUGUUGGCAGGUUUUAUAUUGUGCAAUACUGGGAGGAGGAUGCAGGAGAUUCCCUUUCAUGCUCACCUAUGACCACCUACUUUAGAAUUUUUCUGUAGAACAUUCUAGAACUUUGAACCCAGGUCAGAGGCUCUAAGCAGACAAGGAUGAACCUUUAUAUAAGCAGUAUUCCAAUGUGUAACAAAUUGAUGAGAUUUCAGGUUUUGGAUUUUGUUCAGGAAGCACUUUGGAAAAUGUGAGAGGUUUAUUUUUUUGCACUAGUCUCUGAUUUGUUACCUCACCCCCUCAAUAAAGUAGUAACUCAGAUUCGUCCUGUAAAAAUGGAUUCUACUCAUCUGAGCACUUUUAAAAGUACAACAGAAAGACAAGAUGUGGAACAUAAUCCUUCAAGGUUAGUAUUUGAAUCUCUGUCUCUUAAACUGUAGAUUUCAUUGGCCUGUCAUUCUUUCUGAAAACCCUUCUUUAAAACUUGACUAGAACAAGACUAAAUUUCUGAGUUUAGAUAUGAAAUGAAGACACUCAUGUAGUCCCUUGAAUUCACAUUGGGGAUACAGCAAAGGACACAAGUGACCACAGUACUAUUGGUGGGAAAACAUGAAAUAAUUAAAGAAAACGAUACAGGACUUCAAGAUUCCUGUCACUGGCUCUCUAUCCCCACUUCUACCCCACAAUGUGGAGAAGUAAAUCUUCUAGCCUUUUUUCUCAAGUUCUAAAAUCUUGGAAUACUGCUGGAUUGUUGGGCAUGGGACUGAAGGAUGGAUAAACACAAGGCACAAAUUUGUAAAGAACACCGUUUCUUUCCCAAACUCUCCCAAGCUGAUUAGUGGAAAGCAGUGUAGGCACAAUUUGAAAACAACAAGCUUAGAACUCUGUGCCAAAAAUCUUAAUUUUAAAUAAAAAUAUGUAAAGAUAUAUAUUUCAUCUGCCGAAAAGAAACUGACUUUUAAUUUAGAAUUUUAUUAUAGGAAUAUGAUUCAUCAAGAGAUAUGAUGUAUAUUUUUGAGAAUGCCAAAAGUAAAUUUUCAGAAGUUGUAGUUUAUGAAAUCUAAAAAGGAAGGUUGAAAUGGAAAAUGACCUUAAAGAUAAAUUUUCUGAUUUUUCCUGGUGUCCUAUAUUAAUAAAUACUAUGAGUCUGACUUUCUGAAACUGAAGGAGAAAACAUGAAAAUUUUUCUAACACUUCUUCUUGUUAAGCAGAUAAACAAAAUUCAGCUUUUGCUAAUUAAAAGUUAGAUAAAGAAUUUGGAUGACGUGUAAAUUUCUAAAAAGGAGCACUUCUGUCAUUUUAUCUUUAUUAUCAGUUUAAAUUUUUCUUUGUUGAAUGACAAAAGCAAUGAAAAAUAAAUUUGACUUCAUUUAGCUUUU